AUGGAGUUUCUAGGGCCAAUUUUUCAAGUGAUAAGGUGCUUUGGGGGUUCAACAUGUAAAUAUAUAGAUCAGCACCGACAGCUUGAAGAAAAUGUGAAUGAUCUAAGAAGAAAAGUGGAUGAAUUGAAUAUUCGAAAGCAGGACCUGGAAUUAAGAAAGGAAGCAGAGAUUCGUUGCAGAAAAGUGGUGAAGAAAGAAGUGGAGAAACAGUUUGAAGAAGUAGAAAGGAUAAACACUGAAAUGGAAAGGUUUGAAAAGAAGUUUCAUGCUGUUUCAUACUUGUUACGUGGCCGCCUAGCAAAAUCUGUUUGUCGAAAGAUUGAAGAAGUCAAGGAAAUUCACCAACAAAGCAGUUUCCCUGAAGGUGUGGCAGUUGAUGGCCCUCCAAGCCCCGGGAUGACAUUACCAACACCGAAGCUAGAAGGUGAAAUUGAUGUGAAAGAACAAAUUUGGGAGUAUUUGAUGGGUGAUGAGGUUGGGGUGAUAGGAGUGUAUGGAAUGGGCGGCAUAGGAAAAACUGCCAACAUGAAGCAUAUCAAUAAUCAAUUGUUGGAGGAGGCUCGAUUUGAUAAAGUGAUAUGGGUCAUUGUAUCAAAAGAUUUGAAUAUCUUCAAAAUACAAGAUAUUGCAAAUUCUAUGAAACAGUCUCUCCCAACAAAUGAACUGAAACGAGCAACAACAUUGAAGGAUACUUUGGAGGGAAAGAGAUAUGUGUUGAUCUUAGACGAUGUUUGA